AUGUCCCGCGCAGCCAAAGCAACUCUCGCGACAACCUCACUCCUCUGUGGCGGAGUAAUCUGGUUCGUGCACUACUUCCAGCGCGCUGAAAAAGCUGCAAUGCACGCCGGCGUCAUCCGCGACGAGGAGCGCACGCGAAUAAAGCGUGAGAGGCAAUUGGAUUUCGAGAUGCAACGGGAGUUGGAGAAGGAGUAUCAGAAGUCGCAGAGUGUCUCCUCCGUUAAUGAGGCCCCGGGUACUGGCGGUGAGGGUAAGGGGUGA